AUGAUGAAGCUGAUGGCAUACAUUGCUUUCGUCAUCUAUUGUGCCCAACGAAUGCAAGCAGUUGUGGCAAUUAUUACAGAUGGUGUAACUGAUAAGUUAUGGGAUGACGACCAAUUAAUAGAGACAAUGCAAUUAAAAUCAACGUUGACAAAUUGUGGCACAAUGAAGGACGCAAGAUUGCCUGAUCUGGAAGAGAAUCCGAGGCUUUUCGUAAGAAACACUCUUGAAUUGAUAAAAUGA